GAAGCGUGUAAUAAUACUGUAUGUGAAAGAGUUCUGACAGUUUGGUAGUACUGUUUGCUGAUUCUGGUAUUUUUAUUUUUGGGCGAAAAAAUAUUGUAACAUUAACGUGAUGCCCGAAGAGAAGUUAUGUGUUCCAACCCUGUUGACGUGCACUGCUCCGGUGAAUAUUGCCGUCAUCAAAUACUGGGGGAAGAGAAAUGAAGAUUUAAUUUUGCCUAUCAAUUCAUCUUUGAGUGUUACACUUCACCAGAAUCAGCUCAAAACAACAACUACAGUUGCAUCUUGCAAACACUUUAAAGAAGACAGAAUCUGGCUCAAUGGAAAGGAAGUGGACAUCAACCAUCCACGGCUCCAGAGCUGCUUAAGAGAAAUUCGUCGCUUGGCUCGGAAGAGGCACAGUGAUGAAGAAAACAACUCUGAAAAACUGAACUUAUCGCAGAAGGUUCAUAUCUGCUCUGUUAACAAUUUUCCUACAGCAGCUGGGCUGGCAUCUUCUGCUGCAGGGUAUGCGUGUUUAGUAUAUGCAUUAGCCAAAUUAUAUGGAGUUCAAGGGGAACUCUCGAAGGUGGCUCGGCAGGGUUCAGGCAGUGCCUGUCGGAGCAUGUAUGGUGGUUUUGUGCAGUGGAUAAUGGGGAACAGAUCAGAUGGGAAGGACAGUAUUGCAGAAGAGCUACAUCCUGAAACACAUUGGCCACAGCUCCGGAUCCUCAUUUUAGUGGUGAGUUCAGAGCGCAAACCAGUAGGAAGCAGUGCUGGAAUGCAGACCAGUGUUAAAACCAGCCCCCUUUUGAAGUAUCGAGCAGAAAGUGUAGUUCCGCAGAGAAUGAAGGAGAUGGUUGAUGCAAUUGGGCAAAGAAAUUUUGAAAAAUUUGCCGAGCUAACAAUGAAAGACAGUAAUCAGUUUCAUGCAACAUGUGGAGACACAUACCCACCCAUAUUUUACUUAAAUGAUGUGUCCAAGAGAAUAAUGAAUAUGGUGCAUCGCUAUAACAGUCACUACGGAAAUAUAAAAGCAGCAUACACAUUUGAUGCUGGGCCAAAUGCUGUCAUCUUUACUUUGGAUGAGGAUGUCGGCGAAUUUAUUGAGUUAGUUAAGGAACACUUUCCACCAGAAACCAAUGGUGAACUCUUUCUCAAGGGCUUGCCAGUUUCAAAGGUAACUUUAUCAGAAGAACUAAAAUCUGCAAUUGGAAUGGAGCCAUGUUCAAAUGGAAUAGAUUAUAUUAUCAGCACAAAGGUAGGCCCAGGGCCCCAGAUAGUAGAAGAUACUUCCCGUUAUCUUUUGGGAUUAGAUGGAUUACCUAAGUAGAAUGUCUAAUAUUUGACUUUCACACCAUUGAUUGAAAUACAGAAUAUCCAACUGCACAGUUUUCUCUGGACAAAAAUGUAACUGCAGCAUGAAUGUAGAUUUACAUUUUAAAAGGGAAAAUGUUGUGCUUAGUGCCUGUGCCAUAUACUGGAUUUUGUUGUGGAUCAGUAGUUUUACUGAAGAUCGUGGCUUUAAUCAUUUGCAAGCAUUUUUAAAAUGUGGCAAAAUAAUACAUUUACAAAGUCAGCUGUCACAACUGGAAAAUGAUAAUAAAUAUUCUUUGUAAAGUGAGUAAUGGGAAUAAGAUCAAAGUGUUUUGAGAUUUAUCUCAAAGUGUGAUUGUUAACUGCUCAUCUUGAAUCUUCAUUGUACAUUAUGAAGUAGCUGAAAACUUCCUAAAAGAAUCUGAAGGAGUAUCCCAUAAAUAAAAAGUACAAUAGCAUGUAUUAUAAUAACUGUAAAUCUUUUUCUGUACCUAAAGUGGGUAGUAGGUGGUUCUACAGCCUCAUAGCUCCAGAGUUGUUAGUUCAAAUCCGGGGCCCAGGGUCUGUUUUGGAGUUUUCUUUAUUUUUGGCUUGCUUUCCUCCCACAUCUUAAACAUGUGCAGCUUAGAUUUGCUGGCUAUUAUAAAUUGUCCAAAACUGUGUGUGUGUGUGAAUGCUGGCUACUUUACACCAUGGGUCUCCAACAACUUUGUAUUAGAAUAAUCUAAUGAAUAUUUUGGAUAUGUACACAAUAGUAUUUAUUAUGUAUAGAUAAAAAAUGUAAAAAGGACAUUAAUUUAUUACUUAUGAGAAUUAUAUCAAUUGAAAUUUAACUUGCUGAAAAACUGUUCUUGCUUUCUGUAAAAUACAGCCUUAAAUGCAAGUCUGCUAAAAAACAAAA